AUGCUGGGCGCAUCCGCAACCCAGUCCCAAAAGGCAUUGUCGCCUCAGUCGUCCACUCCCAGCGUCAACACACUCAAUCCCAGGCCCAGUUUCGAGCGCGAACCUAGCAGCAGUGGUCUACAGCCGCCUCUGAGCUCUACAAAUGGCCCAAGAAGCCUGGGCGCCUCGGGCGUCAGCUUCGCCCCGCGAGGCUCUUCCCUCAACCCCUCCAUCGCCCCGGGAAGCUUCAGCUCCGAGCUGCGCAGCCAGAUGAUGCCCUCGCGCUCCGGCUCUCGCGGCGACAUCUACGCCAUGGACAAGGUCGACGAGGUCGACGGCAUCUCUGCUGCCGAACAGGCCCUCGCCAAUCUGCGGGAACAGCUGAACCGCGAGAUGAAGAUCAAGGAUGGUAGCGAGAACAUGCUCGAGGCCCUGAACGCUAAGAAGGCCAAGCAGACGAAAGAGCAGAGAGCCAAGGUGGAGGCCGAGCUCAAGGCAUCCAACUCGCGUAUCCAGCUCUUACGACAGAAGAUUGCCGACGCCCAGAGGUUGAAAACGACGCCCACUACGCCUACGAGGCAAAGAACAGACGGCUUCUUUCCGUCCAACAACGGCUUGCGAUCGCCACCCAGUGCUUCCCGCAGCGGUGCAGGAUCUGACGCCGAGGAUGUAGCCGAGCAGUCGCCGACUUUCCUCUUGGCUGAGCUGCUUCAGGCGCUGGAGCAGGAGGGAAUGCCUCCUGAAUACUAUGUCAGCCGCGGCAAUAGCCUUGUAGAUCUUUUCAGAAGGCAUCCGACUCUGAAGUACGACCUAGUAUGGUCUGUUUUUGGUCUACGAAUGCAGGUCAUGCUUCUCAGCGAGGCCAGGGAAGUGGUAGCAGCUGGUUACCGGAUGAUUCGAUACGCCAUCUCAGAUGUGUCAUCUCUGAGAAAGAUUCGCAGCUUAAACACUGAUAUCAUCGUCGUGACAUCUUUGAUCAAAGAUCGAAAGGCUGAUCUAGAACGCGAGCAAGCACUAAAGUUUGUCCGGGCCUUUUUGGAUGUCAAGGACGGCGUCAAGGAGAUUUCCAGGGCGGUCGUACGCACCGUUGCAGCCGUUGCAGAACAAGCUGAGGAUCGCCUAAGGUCGAUCUGCCUGGAAACCCUGGCCGAAAUCAUGCUCCGUGACCCCGCCUUGGCUGUGGCCUCUGGAGGGCUGUCGCCACUUUCAGAGGCGCUCAUCGAGGGCACAUACAAGUCACCAGAAACCCUCACUGCCUCUUACUUGCAGAUUCUGGACAACCCACAGAAGAGGAUUUACUUGCGCUCCGGCUAUGAUCUGGAGGUCCUCUUCACGGCGUUCACAGAUAUAAUUCUCGCCAACGAGAGCCUGCUAAAACAAAACUCCAAGGCCAUCACCAAAAUCUUGAAGAGCUGGCCAGGUCUCAUGAUGCUGACCAUGCAUGACUCUCGAGCCAUCAAAUCGUUGCUCACCAGCAUGGUGCUUCCCCAGGCAGCCAUCCGAGAGACGGUCAUUGACCUCAUCUACCUGCUACUUCGGAUCAAAUCUCCCUCGUGGGCCUCCUCGUUCCUUGCCGGCCGUAGGUUGACGACAUACGGACGAGUGGCGAGCCUCAAAUCAAUGCCUAAUCAGCAAGCACCACUAGCCAUCAGCAUGCCUCAUGAAGAUGAUGGCGGGGAGCAGAACUUCAUGGAUCAUUAUACAGCUCUGCUCCUGGCGACAUUCGUUAAAGCUGGUUUAUUGGAAAAUCUGCUUCAAGUCGCGAGAACGAGCGAGCCGGCUUUGACGAGAAAAACCUGCCUUCUCAUUGGUGAGGUACUCAAGUUAUCCAGCAGACUGCUUCCCGCCUCUUGGAGCAAUGACUUAUCAUUACUUCCCGACCUCUUUGCUGCCGCCACUCAAUUCAAGGAUGACAACAGAUUCGUUGCGUCAGGUAUAGUGUACCAGAUAAGUUCUGUUAGCAAGACGUUGUACAGGAGUUCCUCGUCAUCCGCCACCGCUGGCGCUCUACCCUCGAGUGACAGUAUGGGAAACCUUGCAGACAUGCACCGCAAAGGCAACGCAGGAGUUGUGGUUCAAGAGGGCGCAAUCCGGCAGUUGUUAGUCGAGUCCAACGUUUUGAACAGCUCAAAUUACAUGAAGUGGAACUGGGAUGUCAUCUCCCGAAUCAUCGAUGGGCCGCUUCAAGACGGCAAACGGCUGGAUGAAGUCAAUAGGGUUUCCAAGUUUAUGAACAGGAUCAUGAGUUUCUACAGGCCGUUUAAGCACCGGUUCUCAGAUCUAUCGACCAACAAGAACACCCAAAAGUACGUCAGAGUUGGCUGUGCGUUGAUGCACACCUUGCUGCAAUCACCGGAAGGUGUCGAUUACCUACAAGAUCAUAAGCUGCUGAGACAAAUAGCGGAGUGCCUCGCUCAGUGUGAUCCGAGCAGUGGACUCACUUCUGCCGAUCCAAUGUUCUCGCCCGGUCGCCUGCAGAGCACUCUUUGUGCUGGCUACUUCCCUAUGUUGGGGGUCCUUAGCGGCGAUCCCAAAGGCUUAGAACUUCUUCAGCGAUGGAGAAUGUUCAACAUGAUGUAUCACAUCCUUGGACACAAGCAGCGUCCCGACCUGAUCAAACUUCUCCUCGCCAACUUCGACUACAGCGUCCCAGGCCACCCUCGAGUGCUAAUCGAACAGGCACUUACAUCCGGGACAAGGGAGAUUCGAAUCAUUGCUACAAACGUCCUGCGAAAAUACGCCACUCGACCUUUUGAUGCGUCGCAGCCUUCCCACGGCAAGGUGGAUUGGAAGUGGGCGAUAGAGAAAUUGGUCGACCAGCUAUAUGACCCCGAGGUAGAAGUCUGUCGGACCGCGGUUAAGAUCCUCGAGAAGGCGUGCAAUAAGAAGGCAUAUUUGGAGUACGUCGUCCAAUGUCGUCCAACGAUGGACCAUCUUGGAGAAAUCGGCGCCCCUCUCCUCCUUCGGUUCUUGUCCUCUUCGAUCGGCUACCACUACCUCGACGGUGUCGACUAUAUCAGCAACGAGAUGGAUGAUUGGUUCCUCGGCCGGAACGACUCGUACGUUGGUGUUAUUGAGACCAGUUUGGCGAAGGCGUUCCUCGAGAACCCGGAAGAACACCAAAACCGGAUGAAUAUGGUGGACGAAGCUCAAGCAGAAGCCGAGCCAGAGAACCACAUCCCCCCACACUUUUACCGCGAGCUCGCACGCACGCAAGAAGGCUGCAAACUCCUUAGUGACAAGGGGCAUUUUGCAGAGUUCGCCAGCACUAUCAAGGAAUAUGGGAUGCAGUCGGAGGACCCUGAGCUCAUGCUCAAAGUCAAAGCAUCUAUGUGGGCUGUUGGCAACGUAGGCUCAAUGGAGCUAGGGGCUCCCUUCAUUGAGUCUUGCGAUGUCGUGGAAGACAUUGUCAAGAUCGCCGAAGAGCACGAGGUGAUGAGCCUGCGAGGUACAGCCUUCUUCGUGCUGGGAUUGAUAUCCAGAUCGGCGCACGGUCUGGAGAUUCUCUCGGAAUGCGGAUGGGACUCCAACUUGUCACCUAGGGGGGAAUCGUUGGGUUUCUGCAUCCCGAACGACCUGACUAAGUUCUUCUCUUUCAAGCCUUGGAAACAUGCCAUUGCGUCCAAGAUCGCGCUGCCCACCACGCAGAAGACUUACUUGAUCCCUCCGCCUCCCACCGAAGCUCGUCCACCCCUGGAGAAGGAGGAAUUACCAGCCUUUACAGACGAAGUCGCCACAAACCAGCGAAUCCUCGACUUAGUUGUUGACCUCGGCAACAUGGUUCUCUACAAGCGCGCUAUGGGCGAGCUGAUGCAAAUCCGGCAGCACAAGGUAGCGGGCUUUAGGUCACCAAAGAUGUUCAAGCGGAUCAUGACGAUGCUUGAGUACAAUCACUAUCGCCUUCCGAUUAGGCGGAUGGUGAUAGAAAUGUUCGACAAGAACGUUCUUCGAAGAAUCGUGUUCGACGAGGACAGCGACAGCGACGAUGAUGACGAAGAUGAGGAAGCAGAAGAAGAAGAAAAUGGGUCUUCUUCUGGGGACGAGAACCGCACUGAGAGGCAGAGGAGCAUUUCAGACCCGUCUGAGUUGGAAAAGGACAACCCACAGCCGCGGGCAGAGCGAUCGGACAGUCUGAGUUCAGAUCAGACGGAUGAGUUUGCGGAGACGGCGUGA